AUGGACGGUAAGCAGCAGCAGCAGCUCUCCCCGUCACCACUUACUCCGCCGCGAGGCGGGGUCCUCUCACAGCCGGGGAUGGCACGAGACUGCUUAGCCCUCCUGCCAGCCGACGACCCAGCCAGUGCCAGUGCCAGUGCCAGUGCCAGUGCCAGUGCCAACACGGAAGAAGUUCGCCAGGAACGGGAGCAGCAGCAGCACAGCACGCUGGAAGAGCCGUACGCUGCCGCCGUCAGAGCUGCCGCUGCCGGCGGCGGUGGCGGUGGCGGCCUCGUCGCCAGCGCUGACGGUCCCGGCCGCCACAGCCGAUUGUUGGCCACAGCGGCGGCGGUACUGCUGUGGUUCGUCGCGGCCUGGGGACCCCGCGGCAGCGGCGGCGGCGGUGUAGGGGAAGGCCGUACGACAGCUGCGGAGCAGCGGCGGCUAGGCGCAGCCGUACAGCGCGGCGAGAGGGAUAAUGGGAAGGUGAGUACGGAAGAGGACGAGAUGCUGGGAGCGCAGCUGGCGGAACUUCUGGCGCCGUCAACGCUAGCGGCGGCGGCGUCAUCAGCAGCGAUGGCGGCAGACGCCGGCGGCGGCGGCGGCGGCGAUUCUUCGGGCACCUAUCAUGUCCAGGAGUGUGCGGCGGCGGCGGAUGACGACGGGGAGGAGGAACGGCUGGCGGUGGCGGCGGUAACCGAUCUAGGAGAGGUUGCGUUCGAGGCGGCGUGUGCGGGCUUACAGAGCGCCGCGCUGCAGGCGGUGGAGGACCUGCUGGGGGGCCCUGGGCCGCGGCUGGCGGAGGUGGCGGAAGAUGCGGAGCCGGUGGGAUGUGGAGGAUCGGGCCCGGGGCAGCAGCCGCCGCCGCAGCAGCAGCUGCUACUGCCGCCGCCGCCGGCAGGGAUAGGCGCUGCUGGUGCUGCGAUAUCUAGAAGAGUCGUAGCGCCGCCACCGCGGACUACGAGCGUUACAGCCACUACAGUACGGCAAAUUGCGGCGGAGGGCGCGGCGGAUGUAGCAGCGCGCAGCAUAGAGGCUGCUGGCGACGGGUGUCGCUGGAGUACGGAAGGACGGGGAGUAGAGCAGGUGACGUCAAGUGGCGCCACCGCGGGCCUUGGCGGCGGCGGCGGCGGCGGCGACGUCGCCCCUCCCGCUGCCGAGGGUGACAUCCCUCAUCGGGAGCUGGUCCGGCGGCUUGCCGACAGAUUGAUGUCCACCGUUAGCACGGUCGUACAGCAGUGGAAGGCCGCGCCGACGGUGGCGGCACCGCAGGUUGAGGUGCCGUCGCCCACUUCGCCGCAAACGGCGCUGCAGCCGCAGCCGUCGAGUCCGCCAUUGUCAACGGUACCGACGCCGGCGGCGUCCGCUUUUGCCGCAUCGGCGCUGGCAGCGGCGCCGCUGGCAACGUCGCCGUCGGCCGCUUUUCCCAGUCUGGCCACCCGGCUGGCGGACUGGCUACAGCCGGCAAUCGGCAGGACCGCUACUUUAGCACUUGCACUUGAAGCGGUGACGGCGGCGGCGACGGCGGGCUCGGAGCCGGUGCCUGGUACGGAACCUGGCACACCGCCGAACCGCCGCCCUUCCUCCCCGGGGCUGUGUGAGGACCUGGAUGCGUCACCAUUCGCAAUAGAGCCCUCCAUGGGGCACCUCCUUUCGGAUGAGGCAGGAGGCGGCGGCGGCGGCGCACCGACCCAUGGUUCCGCCGUGGCUAGGUCGGCGGCGCUGCACGAAGUUUGGUCGACGCUUGAGCGGCCAGCGCUGCCGUACGGUGAACCUACCGCGACGGCGUCGCUGGCACCGCCGCGGCCAGCGCAGAUGACGCCGUCGCCGCCGUCGGUGGGAGAAUUCUUGCCGCGCCGGCCGACACUUCCAACGCCGUCGUUGAGCAUGCGCGGUGGCGCCGAGUCGGCUGCAUCGCUGUCGUAUACGUGGAUCUCAGAUCUCACCGUCGGCACCUCCGCCGGCUCCUUGGCGAGCUCUUACGCGGCCAGGACGCUGGCGGCGGCAGCGUCGGCCAGCGGCCUAGGCAGCGGCCCCGGCGGCAGCGUCGGCAGCAGCGCCAGCGGUGCCUGCUUCCCAAUACGGCCCUUUGAAAACCACGCCGUCGCUGCCGCCGCCGGCUUCCAUGCCGUCGGCCGAGCGCCUCCGCUGCCACCGUUAUCGUCCGAAGGCUCGGCGCUAGAUAGUGGCAGCUGCGGCGGCGGCGGAAGUGAGCAUGAAGCUGUCAUCGAGGUGGCGCCAUCCGCAGCUCAGGCUCCCGUUGACGUACCCGCUGCCGCCGUACCAUCCGACACGCUGGCGGAGCUCACCGCUGACGCGGCGGUGAGAGGUGGACGAGUGGCUAGCGUGGCGCCAACGGAGGUAAACACGGCCGUGACGGCGGCGGCGGCGGCGGCGGCCACAGUACGGGAGGGCGAGGGUGGCGGUCCCUGCCCGCGCCAGCUGCUGGCGCUGCUAGAGCCGCCGGUAGUGGCGCUGCUGACGGAAGGAGGGCCCCGCCGCCGGGGCGACGGCGGCGGGAGCGGCGGCGGCGGCGAGGAGCCGCAGUGGCAGCUCCGUGUGGUUGCGCACCAAGGCGGCCGUGUGGUGGUGGACGAGCAGGUGCCGCUCACUUGGCCACAGGAAGCGAGGCAUGACGAUGGCGAUGACGAUGAUGAUGAUGAGGGGGAGGAGGAGCAGCUGGCGGGGUACUGUUGUUGUGGGAGUGUCAGGCUGGACUUGGGCAGCUGCCUGCUAGAAGGACCCGCGACACUGCUCGUGCUUCCGCCACCCAUGCCGCCGUACGUGUCAUACGAGCAGUACAGCAGCGGGAUCACCUGCCAGGAGGCCCUUCUGGCCAUGCCCCUGCUGGCGGUUCCGGAGCCCGUGGCGGCAGAGCUGGCGCAGCUGGUGGAUGCUAUGGCGGCGGGCAUGACGAUGACGCGUACGGCACCGCUGGCGGCGGCGGCGCCGGCCGCCGGUGGCAGUAGCGACCCGCGGAUCGUUCGGGCGGUAGCCAGCCGCGAGUACCUGGCGCCGCUCCUCAUGGACCUGGCCACUUUGAUGGGUGGCGGGGGCACGGGUCCGCUCCGACAGCUCCGGAGCCAUGUACUGCAGUUCCUGUACGAUAACGGCUUGGAGAAGAAGUCAGUGGAACUUAAUUGGCACCUCGCGAAGAUGGGCAACCCAGUGAAUGACCUCGAACGGACAAAGAUCGACCUCAGUCACCAGGAGAUGGAACGAUUGGUGACUGAACUAGAAAGCAUCUGGAACGCGUUCACAGUCGGGCCCGAAGGUCCAACUGGCGUGGAAUGGUUGCCAGUUAACGGCAUUUCAGAAGCGCUGCGCGAGGAUCUCGGCUACGAGGACAAUGCAGAGUUUGAGGACGCGCUCGGCGGCACCUUUAACGACUUCCUGGACAAGCUGCCUCGCAUCGUGAAGAAGGAGACCGACGGGAAGGUCUACUUCCAGAUUCUUCCCGAGCCACCUCGGGAGGAGUGGCGGGCCACCCGCCAGACCCUGACCAUCCAGAGCCGUAGCGACCUAUGGCGCGUGUGUCUCAAGUCACAGCAUGCCCGGGUGGAGAUUCCGGAGCUGGAGUUUGAGAUCUCAGCAGAUGGCAAGAAGCAUAUAGACUCGAUCUACAACCACAUCGCGCAGGCUAUUUUCAAUCUGGGCAACUAUGUGAGCAGCAGCCGGGCCUCCAUGCCACCUGAUACGGCAGCCCGCAUUAUGGAGACGGUGGAGCAACUGAACGUGCUGCUGGAUGUGGAGAAACCCUGGACCUGGAUCGUACAUGACCCCUCUGGGACAUCGGUGAUCAAACCUGGAGACGGGGUGCUGACUGACGAAUUGUGAUGUGGUGGGACGGAUAGGAGCGGAAGUCCUGACCAGAUAGAACCUUCAGGAAAGCACCUAUUUCCCUAUCCUCAUAAGCUAGCGGGCAAAGCAGAGGGUCAUGCUGCUGGUCAUCAUACCACAGCGCGUGCGAUGCGGCUACAAGCACACAGGCUAGGUGGUCUCCCCCUGGGCUUCCCCCCCCCCGAGGAGGGGGGGGCGCAAGGAACCCUUCCCGUGAAAGCGGAGGGUUGACGACCUCGCAGGCCAAGCUGUGUGUGUGUGUGUACGAGUGUGUGUGUGUGCGCUUGUGUGUGUGCUUGUGUGUGUGUGUGUGUGUGUGUGUUUGUGUGUGUGUGCAUGUGUGUGUGGAUGUUUUGUGGAGGGGGAUAUUUGCUCGUGAGCUUCGGACGAUGGCGCGCUGCACGUGUGAGCGUGCAGAGAGCUACGUUCCUUUGCCAGGGAUGAAUUCAGUUAGUUGGUUGAUUGGCCGGUGGUCGUAUGGAAAAUGACGCACACGUUUAAAGCUGAACGCAA